AAUUAUCAGUUGAUGACUUAUUCGGAUAACCAAGUAGGAUAUUUUCUUCAAAGUAUAUAUAUAUAAAUAAAUAUACCUUCUUGGAUGGCUGCGGCUGUGGCUUGCUUAUCCUACUUCCCUUCCUGCUUUCAGUCCUAACUCUAUCAACCCCACACCCCCAAUACUUUCCAUGGCUGCUUUCUCAUUCUCCCACCACUCUCUUCUCAUCACCAUGCAUCACGACCACCGCCUGCCGCUGCUACAACCAAGGCCCAGAUGCUCCCUCUCUUGCCGAAGCUGCCACCCGACGGAGCCGGCAGGCGGCGGCGGCACGAGGAGCUCGGAGAAAGAAGAUCAGAAGAGAAAGGAAGAGAAAAGAUCAACAUCAUCAUCAUCAUCAUCAUCGUCAUCAUCAUCAUCAUCAUCAUCAUCAUAUUGGUGGAGACAGCUAGGGAGAGAAUUUAGUGAGGCUGCAGGGAAGAUGGGGAAGGGGGUGAAGGAGAGCCUCAGCCCAAAGCAGAAGGGCGACUGGAAGGACUUGUUACUGAUGAGCUUAUCUUUCGCUGUCUAUGUUUAUAUCUCUCAGAAGAUCGUUUGUGCCUACUGUGCAUGGAUGGCCAUGCUCAACAACUACUAAAAUAAUCACUUUUUAAUAUCUUUUCUUCUUUUUUUUUGGGGGGGCUUUAGAUCUAUGCAUACAAGUGUUACUUUUGUUUAUGUUCACUUGUAAAUAAUUAAGAACUUAUUUAUCCAAAUAAAUCGGUGAGUGUAGAAAGUGCA